CAUGCAUCGUUCUGUUGCAAUGUUCUGUUUUGGGUUGUUGAGUAAUAUAAAUACAAUUAAUUGUAUUUUUGUUGAGUUGUUGUGCUUAAAAACAGUGGAACAAUAUGAAGAAUAACCAUAGCAACCAUGGAACAUAUAAACAAACGCGGAAAGUUAUCGACCUAAAGAUGGCUACUAUGUGGUAAAAUUGUAUCCGGACUUGCUAGACUACUUUGUAGCUAUACAUUUAACCCGUUGAAACACUGUAACAUUGUAGCCAAGGCUUCGUGCAUGUAAUUUAUCAGAAGUUAUAGCGCAACUUGAAGUAGCCUAGCCUAGUGGUUGCGCACCGCCCAAGAGCAAGGAGUCGCCUUAAUGCUGGCAGACGUUUAGGCUAACCAGAGCCUGGGUUUACUAGUUUAUUUCCAACUAUCGAACUAUAAUUUUAAAAACUAAAGACGAACUUUUUUUUAUUCCUAUUCUCAACCUGUUCCUGGACUGAUUGUUGUUAUUGAGUGACUGGAUAAUGUGCUCCUCCAGUAAGCCCAGGGUAGGUGGUGGGGUGGUGCUGGUGCGGCGGUUGGUGAAGGCUCCGCCGGACAGCGACAUGUUCCAGGCGGCCACCUCCGGGGACCGUGACUGGCUGCGACUCAGCCUGAAGCGGGCGCUGUCCCCAACGCAGCUCGACAAACAGGGUCUGACGGUGCUCCACGUGGCUGGCCUACACGGGCAGUUGGAGUGUAUGAAGCUGCUGUUGGCAUCCCAAGUGGUGGACAUAAACGCCAGCUGCCCCCUGGGCCGCAGACCCAUCCACAUGGUCCUCACUGCCAAGAGCAGACCCCACUCCCAUGCCUGCCUCACCUACCUACUGGAGCAUGGAGCCCUGCCAAACGUAGCCACUGACACAGGGUUGACGCCCCUCCACCUGGCUGCCACCGAGGGCCUGUGGGAGUGUACCAAGAGUCUAGUGGAGGCGGGGGCAGACACGGGUGCACGAGACAACCGAGGACACACACCUUUGGAACUGGCACGCAUCUGGUGCCACAGAAGGAUCGCCAGGUUUCUGAAGGACUCUAUGUGGCAGAACGAGAAGAAAAGAGAGAUGGAGAGGCGCAAGGCGCUGCAGAACCUUCGGCAGGACCUGUUCAACAUGCACAGGAGGGCCGAGAACAUAGAGAAGGUGGGGAGACAGAAGUUGAUGGAAGAGAAGGUCACGGCGUGGGCCGAUAAGAAAGGCCUUCCCCUCCUCUGGGCCCAGCCUAUGGCCACAUGGAACCAGGCUCACGCCCACUGUCUCUCCCCGGGCCAGAGGCCACAAAGCCAGAGGACCAAGGUCUGCCACAGGCAGCAUCCAGGGGCCCCUCCUCGGGAGGCCUGGAACAUCUCCCCCAACCCCUCCAAACCCCCGCCGGCCUCUGUCUCCCGGCCCCAGGGGGUGCGUCUGAGCAGCCAGCCCGAGAGGUCCCCUCCAGAGCCCGACCUGAGGCGCAGCAUAACUCUCUGCAGGGCCCGUGGGGAUGGACGUCCCCAGUACACUGCCAAGUGGGACGGGUCCCCCCAGUCGGUCCCCAACCUGCCCUGGGAUGUCCUUCAGAGGGGGCUGUUCUCUGCUGCCUUCCCAUCAAGGAUUGCCUCGCCCAACCACUUCCAGCCCAACCAUGUGCUGGAUCUGCCGCGCAUCGGCUGCUCCCCAGGACCCAACACCUCUCCCUGGACAGAGGUGGCCAUGCACCUGGCUGAGGAGCUGGAGCCUGGCCACUACUGACUGGAUGGAGAGGUAGAAGUUGCCCCUAACCAAUGAUCCAGUCAGAUUUAUUUCAUCCCUCUAAGUGUUAAGGUUAGAAUGGCAGGUAGGGUAAUCUGAUCCUAGAUCUGUGGUUGGGGGCAACUUCUACUUUAAGGAGUGGUGGAGAUCCACUUUCUCCCAGUCGUACUCUACUGUAAUGGAGAGACACUGUACUGACUCUACUGUCACCAUUACAGGUGAUUGGACAGUGGUGUUCUGCAAAACAUAGAUUUUGCAUAUCAGGAGUAUUUUUAUUAUUAAAAGGUGUGAUAUUUGAGAAACA